UUAUAGCCAGACUGCAGUGGGCAUUCUGACACUGGGGUGGAACUGACUUGGUGUCACUGAAAUCCCCAGUGAUACCAAUACAGUGAUCAGUGCUAAUAAAAAGCACUGACACUGUACUAAUGGCACUGGGCAGGAAGGGGUUAACAUGUGGGGCAAUCAAAGGGUUAACUGUGUGCUGUUUUACUAUGUGUGCUGUGUGUGUUUUAGUGUAAGCACACUGCUUUGUAUGGCUCUGCCAUGCAGAGCCAUACAAAGCCAUAUGCAGGAGCUGACAGGCGAGAGAUCUGUGUAUUCAUUUACAUACAGGUCGCUCCCCCAUCAGAAACCCUUGGAGAUCGCC